CGCCAUUUUUAAUUCCCGUUAAAAAUAUGCGCACGCAUUAACACGCGACUCUGAGCCUGAACUACGAUGGUGCUGGUGACGUUAGGCCGCGCAGAGUCCAGUGCAGGGGUCCCCAACCCCCGGGUCACGGCGGACCGCUACCGGUCCGUGGCCUGUUAGGAACCGGGCCGCACAGCAGCAGGAGGUGAGAGCGGCAUGAAGUGGAACCUCGCUGACGAGGAGCCUCACUCCAACGUCGCUGGGGAGCGUCGCCCUCGUUGACCUCGUUGACCUCGUGAAAAUGGCCCACCUGACGAGCAGAUAACUUGUCUCCGAGGGCCCGAUCAUGCACAAGCUGUUUGCUCUGGUGCUGGGGAAGAGGGACCUCUCCCUGGCAGGUGACAUCUUCUCCCUGGACGAUGCCGAGAUAGAGGAUGGCCUCUCCGACGCUCUGGAGCAAAUCAAGGUCAUCGUCUCCUCACCGCUCUACCUGCGGAGCGACAACGACCAGGCGGUGGUGGAGAUCUGCAUCACGCGCGUGACGGCCGCGCUGCGCGAGACGCGCUCCGUGGAGCGGCACGCGCCGUCGCUCGCGUCGCUGUGGGGCGCCUGCCUCGAGAGGGCGCUCACGCACGCGCCACGCGGGGACUCGCCGCACGCCAAGGUGGCCGCGGACAUCACCAGCUGCGUACUGCAGAACUACGGGCGUCCGGCCAUGAUGCGCGUGGCCGUGCCGGUGGCGGUGAGGUUCCUGCGGAGGGGCGACGCGGAGGUGUCGAGGAGCAUGUCCAGCGUGAUCGCCCUGGCCGCCAUGGGGCAGGCCCCCCUCCUGGGCCAGCACGUGGAGGCGGUGGCUGACAGCGUCAUCGCAGGCAACCUGGCGCUGCUGCGCGUGCUGCCCCAGGUGUACGAGGUGCGCCCCUCCCCUCUGGACGUGCGGAUCCCGGCGCUGCUGGCGCUGCUGGGACGCCUCACCCCCUCGGACACGCAGCACCUGCACCGUCUGCUCUUGCUUGUCGUUCGACGGAGGCCGGAGGUGCUCUCCGAAUGCGUCCCCCAGCUGCUCCCUCUCCUGAGGAUGGCCGAGCACAGCGACAUCGCCUUCACUCUGCUGGGAGAGCUGGCCGAGAGGGCGCCCGCCCUGCUCGUCACAUCACUCGCCGUCGCCGGAGCAGCUGCGUCGUCAGCAGCCGCCGCAGCAGCACCAGCAGAAGCACCAGCGGUGGCAGCAGCAGCAGCAGCGGCAGGAGCGGCAGCAGCAGCCGAGAGGGGCCCGGCACUCCCGGAGAAUCCCUCGGCCGACCCGCCUCGCGGUGCUUCGGGGGACACCGUCAGGGCUGCCGGAGGCUGCGUAGGUGGCGAUGGAGCCGAGGGAGCGGACGUGGAGGGACGGGGGCUCGACAGGGCCCUGCGCGAGGUGCUGCAGGCCUCCGCGUGGUUUCCCGCACGCACGGGGCAGGCGGCAAGGGUCCUUGGGGUCAUCGGGCGAACGCACCAGGACAGGGCGCGCCAGUGCCUGAACCACAUGGUGUCCCUGCUGUCCAGCACGGAGCACACGUCACACCACGCCCUCCUGCUGGAGAUCAAGAGCAUCACCGACAAGUUCGGCCUCCUGCGCAUCCACGGCCGCGAGGUCUACCGCAUGAGCAACGGCUACGCGGCCAUCGCCUCGCUGCUCGCCGGACAACUCGAGAGGGGCGCCCCUGAGGCGGACAGACCGCCCGCGUUCCCAGGCAGCGAGCGUCCGUUACGCGUCGGCCAGCCGUCCACAGCUGGCGAGGGCUCGGCCCUGCCGAGGGAUCACGGCGAGGGGAACCCAUCGGCUCAGGAGAGGAGCGAGGGGGGUGGCGAGAGCCCCCAGGCACAGACUCGGAGAUACAGCUGCGGGGAGGCACGCAGGGAGGAGCGCCGUGAUCUUCGGUUUCAUAGAUCUAAAAGCCUGGGCCUCUACGCCUUGCGCUCCAAAACCAUUAACUCGGACGACGAGAGGAACACAGAGGACGAUGCAGAGAGUGGACCUCAAGCUGAAGCUCAUGCUGAUCAAUCUGCGGACAAGGUAGACGCCAGUGGACCCUCGGAGGAGCCAGUGGAAAGGAGUGAGGCAGCGCCCGGUGCCUCCGUGGAGGAGCAGACGGACGUCGUCACUGCUCCGCCAGCGAACCAGAAGGCCGAUGGCAGCCCGGCAUUGGCGGAAGAGAAGGACACAAAGCAUGUGGAUGAAUCACACGAGGGAAGCAAUGGGUCUCUUCCCCACCACACUGCACGAGGGGAUGAGGAGGUGGAAAAUGCGACCGAUGGAAGGGACACAAUUGUGGAGGUUGAGACCGUCGUUGAGAUCGAGCCCCAGGAUGGUCUCUAUCGCUACAUGAAGGACAACCUGAAGCACAUACGAGCCUAUUGUGCUGAUGUCACCAAGAAGAUCCCAGUUCCUGAGCGCUGUGUUGUUGAAGAGCUUGCAUCCCGCUGCUUGUUCAAGCUGAGCUUCGGGUGUCCCAAGAAAUCUGAGUACUGCCUCUACUCCAAGUCGCACUUCUCCCUCCCAUCUCGGCAGCCACAAACCUGGCUCCACCUCAUGACCCUCUUCUUACAGAGUCGGUCUCCGUCGCCGCUGUCUGUGCACGAUGCGGUGGUGCGCACGCUGGCCCAGCUGUGGGACAGGGCCCGUCAGAAGGGUGGACUUGCCUUCGAGACGGCCGUCAUCCACUUGCCGCUGCCCUCCGCAAAGGACGUUGAGUUCCUGAGGCAGCAACUGGGAGAGGUGUGUUUUUUCGACGUUUUUGGAUUCGAUGAAGAGGCCGGCAGAUGGGGUUGUUACAUGUGUAACCACCCAGACAAAGCCCUUGAUGUGAACCAGGAGGGAAGGCCGCUCAUGGAAGGGAAGCUCAAGGAGAAGCAGGUGCGGUGGAAGUUCAUCAAGCGCUGGAGAACGCGAUAUUUUACUCUCGCGGGCAACCAGUUGCUCUUCCGCAAGGGGAAAUCGAAGGACGAGGGCGAGGAGUGCCCUCUGGAGCUGAGCAAGGUGCAGAGCGUGCGAAUCGUGAGCCGCAAGCGCAAGGAGCGCGGGCUGCCCCGCGCCUUCGAGAUCUUCACCGAGAGCCGCUCGUACGUGCUCAAGGCGUGCGACGAGCGCGACGCCGAGGAGUGGCUGCAGUGCCUCAACGUGGCGGUGGCGCGCGCGCACGAGCGCCAGAGCCAGGAGACCACCACCUACCUGUGACGAGGGGCACCGUCAGGCUCAUAACGGUGGUGCGCACGUGGCAGAGGCACGUGGCCCGAGGGCUGCCACCUGUCGAUGUAGAAGAAGAAGAUGAAGACAUAUCAUAGGAGGAAGAAUAUGACACUUUGUUGCAAGAGGGGAAAUCAGGACAGAUGGCAACCAUACCUGGGAUGUGCGGCAGGGCCAGAGUGAUAGCUGCGCGGGUGGAGCAGGUGACAGAGCCCGUGCCCGGGAGGCAGUCUUCAAAUUGUGCCGUUAGGUGCCGCAGCUGUGCGCCGACCGGCGAACCUUAAAGUUUGGUUGGAGGCCCUGUGUGUCCCCUGCAUUGGUCCUUCGCGACGGCUAAGCAGCCCGGCUCCACAGCUGCUGAUGUUUCUCUGAGAGGGGACUCACAAGUCUGUGUCAUGUACCAGAGCUAACGAAUGUGUGAGGCUCAGCCGGGUAGGGGGAAGGCGCAGCUAUAUGGCCAAGGGCAUCGCAGAACUUGAGGUCACUUCAUUGCCACCGUGUAGCUUCAAGUUCACUCACGGACUAGUUUUCAGGCCACAUUGAAGACAAUCACACGGUGUUGGCUUCAUCAAAAGACUUGCCUGUCUCAGAUUGACUAUUGUGUCUUGUCCAUCAGGUUUGUGGGAAAUAUAUGGAAUUGGAGGAAUGAUUUUGGGAACAUAAAUCUAUCACAGAUUUUAUUAAAUACGUAUGUUAAGCUUAAAUAAUUUUCCGUUUAAUGUUUUUGGUUUUUAAAUUUUAACAAUAAUGGAUUUGUUCUAUCCAUAUGCUUGCCAGAGUCUGCUUCCUGUCCCACAAUGAUGGGACACAAACGCUCUGCAGUUUGUUUUAUUGGUCGUUAGGGAUUCGUGUGACUGUGAAACUUAAACAGCUGAGCUUUAAAUCCAUGUUUAAAUACAUAAUGUCUCAUUAUAUAUAUGUCGUGCAACUGCUAGUUAUACCCGUUGUGACAAAGAGCACUUUAUUCAAGGGAAGGAACAAGUAUAAACCCCUUUAAAUGAACAAGCGAGCUUUCUCCACUUACAUUAGCUAUGUUAAUUUGUAAUCCACGUAGAUAGCUGUACAUUACAAAAUGGUUGUUGUAUUUUAUUUGCAUAUAUGUCAAUAACACAAUAACUGACAAUAAUGACAGCGUCAAAUGUGUUAUUCUUGAGCAACACAUUGGCUUAUAGAAUCGUGGAUGUUAAUAAUCUUAACGGACUGAUAUCACCAUUGGAACCUCCUUUGCCAGUAUCAAAAUAUGAUCAUUGGUUUUUUACCCUUUUAUCUGGCAACA